AUGGAAAAUUUUAAUAUUUCUAAACAACUUUUGAACUUACAUGAAACAACUCGACGUUUCUCAGCUUUUACCAUUGACCGAGACUGUUGUCAAUCUCCAACAAUCUUUUCAACAAAUAUGGAUGAACGGGUUAUCCUCAAUGUUGGUGGGAUAAGACAUGAAACAAGUCAGACUACUUUAAAAAAAAUUCCUGCUACUAGACUUUCAAGGUUAACACCAUCAUUAGCUAAUUAUGAUCCAAUAUUAAAUGAAUAUUAUUUUGAUAGGCAUCCUGGAGUUUUUCCUAUGAUUCUUAAUUAUUAUAGGACUGGAAAACUUCAUUAUCCCACUGAUGUUUGUGGACCUCUUUUUGAAGAAGAAUUAGAAUUCUGGGGUCUUGAUGUUAAUCAGGUUGAACCAUGUUGUUGGAUGACAUAUACACAACAUAGAGAUACUCAAGAAACAUUAGCUGUUUUAGAUAAAUUAGAUUUUGACAUUCCUGAAGAUGAAGAUCCACAAACACGUGAACAAAGAAUAAUGAAAAAAUUUGGUUGGGAAGAAGAAUAUUGGCAAGGUAAAAUAACAACAUGGAUGCGUAUUAAACCACAAAUAUGGGCUUUAUUUGAUGAACCAUAUUCUUCUAAAUUUGCCAAAUAUAUAGCAAUAAUAUCAGUUUGUUUUAUUAUAGUAUCAAUAGUAUCAUUUUGUUUUAAAACACAUUCAGGAUUUAAGACAUCUAAUAUUGUUAUAACAGAAAUUUAUCCAUCAAAUUAUUCAAAUAAUAUUGAUGGAUCAUCAAAUUAUUUAUCAGUUGAUAAAACUAAUGUUGAACCUUUUUGGAUAUUUCCACAAAUAGAAUUUGCCUGUAAUAUUUGGUUUACUUUUGAAAUUAUUAUACGUUUCACUUUUUGUCCUAACAAAUUAAGAUUUUUUAAAAGUCCUUUAAAUAUUAUAGAUUUAAUAGCAACAAUUAGUUUUUAUAUUGAUGCUAUUCUUGUAAGAUUAUUAAUUAAUGAUGCACCAAAAGAUGUCGUUGAAUUUUUAUCAAUGAUAAGGAUAUUAAGGUUAUUUAAAUUAACACAACAUCACAGAGGUCUUCAAAUUUUAAUACAUACAUUUAGAGCUUCAGCUAAAGAAUUAAUAUUAUUAGUUUUUUUCUUGAUUCUUGGUAUUGUUAUGUUUGCUGCUUUAGUUUAUUAUGCAGAGAAGACAGAAACCAAUCCCAAUAAUCAAUUUAAUUCUAUUCCUCUCGGUUUAUGGUGGGCUAUUGUUACAAUGACAACAGUUGGUUAUGGUGAUAUGGCUCCAUCAACAUUUUUAGGAAAAUUAGUGGGUAGUUUAUGUGCUAUUAUGGGUGUCCUAACGAUAGCUCUUCCUGUUCCUGUUAUUGUAUCGAAUUUUGCUAUGUUUUAUUCACAUUCACAAGCUAGAGAAAAAUUACCAAGAAAAAGGAGGCGUGUUCUUCCCGUUGAGCAAGUUAGACUUCAGGCACGAAGGUAUGCUCAAGCAAUGGAUGGUUUAUGUACUGGUAGAAGAAGAAAUGCUAUUUCUCUUCAAAAUGAAAAAGAAAACAAUAAUACAAUGGCAACGACACUAAAAAUAAGUAAUAAUACAACACCAUCAAAUCACAAUAAUAACAAUAAUAAUAAUAAUAGUAAUAAUAUUAAUACUACAACAAAUGGAAUAUCAUCAAAUGGUGAGGUUAAUCUCCAAGAUAUAAAAUUAACACAUUUAAAAUCAGCAGUGAAUAAUGAAGAAAAAAGCAAUACUGAUAGUACAAUAUCAUCGCUUCCAACAGGAAACGUUUAA